UUUGUAAUGGCGAGUACUGCUACUACAUCUCGUGAAGACAUUAAAGUAGUGCUUAUCGAUACUCGGUACAUCGAAACCGAUCUCCAUAGCUUCAAAUCCGUAGUUCAAAGGCUCAGGGGAAAGGAUUGUUGCGUCUCUUGGAUAGAUGAGAGCUCGUUUUCCUGUAGUAAAACAGGAACAAAUAAUGUUGCAGGAAAGGUUGCAGCUGAAGGGUCAUAUGGCACUGCCGCCACUGGCUGCAGCUAUAGUGGUGGUGCUGGCGGUGGCCGCAGUGACGUUGAUCGUGUUUCCACGUUAACGAAGGGUUUAUCUUUUAAAGACUUGGAUAGGUUGAUCAUGGAGGCGCCACCAUUAGACGAGUUGAACUGGUUGUGGGCCGAGUACUAGCUAGAAUUCGCAUUAUAUCCCCCGAGUU